AAGUGCAUUCAAAUUUUUGGCAGACCCGUGCCUCUAGGCCCCAUUCUCGCUGUCUACAGCCUCUCCAUGGCCUUGAUUUCAACCGUUAUCUUCACCGGGACGUUUUUCUCCACCGCCACUGAGAUCCGGGACACCCAGUGGUUCUGGUGGAGGUCCAAGACCCCAUUACAACGGCUGUUAUGCUUCCUUUUGGGGACACAACCAUCGGGGCCAACCUUCUUCUGGUUGUACGCCUACUACCUCUCUCACUUCCUCCACAUGUUCCGCACAUACUUCACCAUAUUAGGACAUCGUAAGCUGGGUUUACUCAACAUUUUCAAGAACUUAAUGAUGUUAUGCAUGUUAUUUAUGUGGCUUGAAUUCUCACAGUCAUUCCAAUUAGUAAAAAUCAUGUUGGCCACCCUAGUGUACUUUGUUGUAUACGGCUACAAGUUCUGGGUUGCAAUCGGGCCACCCAGUACAUGCUUCCCGUAUGUGUUGAGCUGCCAAAUAGUUUUAUUGGGCUCUAAUGUCCUCUGCCAUGUGGGGGCCCUUUUACUUCACUUGAGGAAAGAUGGCUGUAAUGGAAUUGGGGCCUGGAUCUUCAAUAAAACUUCCUUAAAGGAAUUGUUGGAUAUUUGGCAGAAGCACAUUUAACAAGUCACCUUUGUUCUUUAAGUCCAAUGAGAAUGUGAUGGACUCUGUUUCUA